CCGAUUUGGAUAACAGGUUAAGAGAACGAGACAAGAUUGAUUCUAGUGUUACGAUGCAGACUGUAGGGGUUGCUCAGCCUGCAUUCGGGCAGCCCAAUGUACAGGUGUCUAAACCUAAGGUAUUGGGGUAUGACCCCCAUGGAGUAGAGCUGCCACCUCCGGGACAGGGGCAGUACUACAGAAGGAGAGAGGACAGGAGGUUGAGACACAGAGACAGCAGUGGCUCGCUGUCUAGUACUGAUGGGGGUGGGCAAUCGGCUGAAGGUAGCGGACACAUCGCCAAGAAUCAGAUGUUUCCAAACUACACAGACUACACCCCCAGGAAGCCUCCUAUCUCCCCACGGUCUCCAAGGUCACAUCAUAGCAGCAAGACCAGCACCAGUAGAGAGGAUGACCAGAAGCUGGUGUCCCCCAGGAGUCGUGCAGGGGAAGAAGACUCCAACUCUUUCGUCUUUACAGUCCCUGAUGAUGAACCUACCCAGAAACAUGCAUAUCAUGGGCCAGGACGUCCACUCUCAUUCGAAGAGACUGACACAAUACCUGUGAGAGGUCAGCACAGUACGGUGAAUGCCCCAGCAACAACUGCUGCAAAUAAACCAAUACAAGAUACACCAAAUGCACAUCCACAUAGACUGCCAUCUUAUCCAUCUUCAGGAUCAGUCUCAUCCAGUUCAUACCAGUCAAUGUCAGAUCAGUCCAGUUUCAACCAAACACCACCCCCUUAUCAGAGAACUGGUCAAACAAAGCAUAAACCACCUCCAAUACAAGUUCCUGUAGAAGAGCCCCAAGUAUCAUAUAAGGAUGUCAAAGCUCAACUGUCACCUGUGAGAAAAAAUCAGAUUUCUCCAUCAAAAAUAGGGGCCAAUCAAAGAUUUUCCCCAAAGUCAACAAGGAAGACUAACACUGCUAUACCCGAAGACCUUGCUAAGAUUAAUGCCUUAAGAAAAGCCUUUGCUCCCUCUCCAGAUGGUAAACAAGCAACUGGAGAUGCCUCUGGGGCUCUCAGAGUAUUGAAAGGGAGGGUUCAAUCCCACCUCAGCCCUUCAUCAUCUCGAUCAGAGAGCUUGUCCCCUUCCCCAAUAGUUCAACCAGCAAUACAAGAUCCACCAAGUGCAAUACAUAAAGGUGCUUCAUUGGACAACAUUGUUAAACCAAUACCUAA